AUGGGAGUUAAAAAUUUGACAAAAUUAUUACAACGAUAUGCACCUGAUUCACUUAAGCCAAAAACAAUACAGGAUUAUCAAAAUAAAACAUUAGUUAUAGAUGCUAGUAUAUUUUUACGUAAAUUCGUAUACGGGUAUCGCCAUGUCUGCAUUGACAAUGUUUCUUAUGAAAUACCACAUCCUCAUAUUCAUGGAUUUUAUAAAUUAACAUUAUUUUUAAAAAAAUAUAAUAUCAAACCAAUAUUUAUAUUUGAUGGCAGAGAAAGGAUAAAAGAAAAACGCAAAGAACUUGCUAAACGUAAAAUUUCAUCAGAAAAAUUAUUACAAAAAUGGAAUUUUGAAAAAAAUAGAAAAGCCAGAGUAGAUAAAUGGAAAGUUGUUGUUGAAAAAUUAGAUAAUUUGGAAGAAACUAAAUCUCAAUAUGUUACUUCUGGCGUUAAACAAGUUGUUGAAAAAAUAUUAUCACUACCUUCAACUUCUACCGAAAUAACAACACUACCGUCUCCGAUUAAAAGAGAUGGGCGUGAAGAAAUUAUCGCAUCUCCAGCUAUAAAGACGACACAUGACAUUGUACAAUUGUCAUUGCAAGGGAUGAUUGCACUUGUAAUACAUGUUGGGAAAGCUAUGAAGUUAGAACAUAAUAAACCAAAGUCAAUCGAUAAAUCUAUUAUAAAAGAAAAGGUCGUCGAGAUUAAAACAAAUAUCAAAGACAUUAAAAGGAAAGAUGAAAAGUUGAUAAAAGUUGUCAAAGAAGAAAAGAUUCCUGAGAUUAAACUAGCAGUACCUUUAAUUAACGAACCUAUGAUGAUGAAAAUAGCAAAUCUUAAAGAUGAAAAAAAAUUCAAAGAUUCACACCCAGAUUUCGAACCUUCAAAAGAUGAUAUGAAAUUAAAAGAAGAUAUGGAACAAAUCAUAAAGAAGGCUCUUCAAGAUACAACCAAAUUAGCAACAGAUAAAAGUUUUACAAAAGCUCAACGUGAAGUAGGAGUUGUGGAACAUUUACUUAUUGAUUCUGUUAUAUCAAGAAAUAAAACUUCAGGACAUUUAGCAGAAACGUUCGAAGCAGAAAGUCAUAAUUUGACAGUAACAUAUGAGAAACGCGUAAUUCCUGUUACAUGGGAUAUGUAUUUAGAGUCUAUUAAUUUCAUUAGAACAUGGGGAGUUCCUUGUAUAACGUUAAAUGGACACGAGGCGGAAGCUAUGUGCGCAUCAUUUGUUUCUCAUGGGUUGGCAGAUGCUACAGUAUCGGAAGAUAUGGACGUAACCAUAUUUGGAAAUGGAGUUUUAUUAAGACAAUUUUUUCAAAAGAAUAAACCAAUUCUAGAAAUUUCACCUGCUGAAGCAAAAAAGUCAUUGGAAUUAUCCCAUGAACAAUAUAUUGAUUUAUGUAUUUUAUGCGGAACUGAUUUUGCUGGAACUAUUCGUAAUAUCGGUCCUAUAACAGCUUUCAAAUUAAUUAAAAAACAUGGUUCUAUUGAAAAUAUUGUACCAAAUCUUGAAUCAGAAAGAUAUUUAGUAGCUCCUGAUUACCUUGAUGAAAUUAAUGCUGCAAGAGAAUUAUUUAAAAAUCCUCCCGAAGUAACAGACAUGAUACGUAAUCAAUUGGAAAAUAAUGUUGAAAAUGUGGAUAAAUUUAACUGUUUAUUGGACAAUUACGAAAUAGAUCCAACAAUAAGUGAAUCUUUAGAUUAUAAUGUAAUUGCUUAUGAUUUGAAUUCCGAUGAGUAUGUUAAUAGUGAAUAUUUAGGUCCAGAUCCAUUCUCAUCUAAUAUUACUGAAUUCACUGCUCCG